AUGGCCGAAGCUGUUCCUAUUCCUGAGCCUCCUGGGUUGCCCCUCUUGGGUAACUUGGGCGAGUUCUCGGCGAACCCGAUUGACGAUGUAGUUCGUCUGGCGAAUACUUAUGGAGAAAUCUACAGACUUCAUAUGGGCACUCGCCCUGCCGUCUUCGUCAGCACCCAGGCCCUUGUCAACGAAGUCUGCGAUGAGAAGCGCUUCCAAAAGUCGCUGAGCUCUGUUCUCCGGAUUGUGCGUGAGGGUGUUCAUGAUGGUCUUUUCACUGCACACUCUGAUGAGCCCAACUGGGGCAAGGCUCAUCGUGUCCUGGUCCCGGCCUUUGGACCUCUCCCCAUCCGCGACAUGUUUGAUGAGAUGCAUGAUAUCAGCUCCCAGCUGGCCCUGAAAAUAGCUCGCCACGGCCCUCACAAGCCCAUUCCUGUGUCUGACGAAUUCACAAAGCUGGCGCUGGAUACCAUUGCGCUGUGCUCUAUGGAUUACCGCUUCAAUUCUUACUACAAGGAUAAGAUGCACCCCUUUGUCCAGGCCAUGGGCGAUUUCCUGGCGGAAUGCAGCAGGCGAAACAGGAGACCUGGCUUUGCCCCCAACUUCCUCUACCGCGCCGCCAACGAAAAGUUCUUCAACGACAUUGCCAUUAUGAGAGACACGGCCAAUGCCGUUGUAGAGGCUCGAAGGAAGAACCCGACUGAUCGAAAGGACCUGCUCGCGGCCAUGUUGAACGGCGUCGACCCCCAGACUGGCGAGAAGUUGAGUGAUGCCAACAUCACGGACCAGCUCAUCACAUUCUUGAUUGCGGGCCAUGAGACAACAUCUGGCACCAUGUCAUUUGCAUUUUACCACCUUUUGAAGAAUCCAUCAGCCUAUCGAAAGGUUCAGGAGGAGGUUGACGCGGUGCUUGGCCGUGGACCUGCUAAAGUCGAGCACGUUACCAAGCUUGUAUAUAUCCAAGCAGGGACAUCACAGGUUCUGAGAGAAACUCUGCGCCUCAGCGCCGCAAUCCCUGCCUUCUCUGUUGAAGCCCUUGAAGAUACCCUUAUUGGAGGCAAAUAUCUCGUUCACAAGGGCGAGCCAAUCACUUGCCUUCUCGCCAAAUCACACCUUGAUCCUAUGGUCUUUGGCGGUGAUGCCAAUGAGUUCAAGCCGGAGCGCAUGCUCGAUGACGAGUUUGCUCGACUCAACAGAGAAUUCCCCAACUGCUGGAAGCCAUUUGGCAACGGCAAGCGAGGCUGUAUUGGAAGAGGCUUUGCCUGGAACGAGGCUGUCAUCGCCAUGGCUCUUCUUUUCCAAAACUUCAAUUUUAGUCUCGACGACCCCAACUAUCAGUUGGAAAUUGCUGCGUCCUUGACUAUCAAGCCAAAGGAUUUCUUUAUGCGAGCUGCCCUUCGACACGGAAUGACCCCCACAGAGCUUGAGCAGAGGUUGGCUGGAAAGGGCGUUGUCGAUGAGCACCAUGCGGACAAGAAGGCGGCCGGUGAAGCGAGCAAGGGAUCCCAGAAGCCCUUGGCCGUUUAUUACGGCUCAAACAGCGGCACUUGCGAGGCCUUGGCUCAAAGAGUGGCUACUGAUGCAGUUAGCCAUGGCUUCCAGGUCACAGACCUUGCCCCUCUUGACGCUGCCAACCAGAACCUUCCUAAGGAUCGCCCAGUUGUCAUUGUCACAGCCUCAUACGAAGGACUGGCGCCAUCCAAUGCAGCUCACUUCGUAGACUGGGUUGAAAACCUCAAGGGCAAUGAAGUGGAGGGCGUGUCAUAUGCCGUCUUCGGCUGUGGCCACCACGAUUGGGUUCAGACCUUCCACCGCAUCCCUAAACUCGUUGAUGCGCAACUGGGCGAGCAUGGCGCUACCCGCCUCAUUCCUCUAGCUACCACCGACGCUGCGGGUGACAUGUUUAGCGAUUUUGAAGCUUGGGAGGACGAAUCCCUCUGGCCUGCUCUGAAGGAAAAGUAUGGUGCUGCUGCAGUCUCUGCCGAAGGCUCAGCCGGCGGCUUGAUCGUCGAUGUGUCGCUUCCUCGCAAGUCGACACUGCGUCAAGACGUCGAAGAGGCCCUCGUCACCGACGCCAAAACGCUGACUACCAGCGGUUCUACCAAGAACCACAUCGAGAUCCGGCUGCCUACAGGCAUGACAUACCGAUCUGGCGACUACCUGGCUGUCCUACCUUUCAACCCGAAGGAUACGGUAGCUCGAGUGUUCCGCCGCUUCCAGCUCUCUUGGGACGCCGUCCUAACUAUUCACUCGGACCAGCCGACUGCUCUCCCUACGGAUACGCCUGUUUCUGCAAACGACGUGUUUAGAGCGUAUGUUGAGCUAAGCCAGCCAGCAACCAAGAGGAAUAUCUCCGUCAUGGUCGAGGCUACUCAGGAUGGGGAGCUCAAGGCUCAGCUCGAGAAGCUUGCUGGAGAUGAUUACCAGCAGGAGAUUAGUGUUAAGCGUGUUUCCGUUCUUGAUUUGUUGGAGAGAUUCCCAACACUCGAACUGCCCCUGGAUACAUACCUGACUAUGCUUCCCCCCAUGCGUGUCCGCCAGUACUCUAUUUCCUCCUCUCCUCUGGCUGAUCCCUCCAAACUCACUCUUACCUACUCCGUUCUCGAACAGCCCGCACUGUCCGGUCAAGGCUCUCACUUUGGAGUGGCCACCCACUUCCUGGCUUCUCUUGCCGCCGGCGAUAGACUCCACGUUGCCGUCCGCCAGUCCAAAGCAUUCCAUCUCCCCACCGAUGCCGAAAACACCCCUCUCAUCUUCAUCGGCACGGGCUCUGGAUUGGCUCCUUUCAGAGGCUUCGUGCAAGAGCGCGCUGCCAUGAUUGCUGCGGGCCGCAAGAUUGCGCCGGCCUUGCUCUUCUAUGGAUGCCGCUCGCCGGACAUGGACGACCUCUACACUGAGGAAUUUGAACGAUGGGAGAAGCUUGGCGCUGUGGAGAUGCGCAAGGCUUACUCGCGCGCCUCGGACAAGUCGUUUGGCUGCAAGUAUGUCCAGCACCGAAUGUCGCACGACCGCGAGGACCUGUUCAAGCUGUGGGAUCAGGGCGCCAAGGUCCUUGUGUGCGGCAGCCGCGAUGUUGGAAAGGCCGUCGAGGCUGUUUGCAUCCAGCUUGUUCAGGAGAGGGCCUCGGCUGUUGGAAAGGAGCUGACGGAGGAGGAGGCCAAGGCUUGGUGGGACAAGCAGCGCAAUGAGAGAUAUGUCACUGAUGUGUUUGACUAG